CUCGAUGCAUGCGCACUAGCGACCGAAGGGACAAAAUCAUCGCACGAUUUUCCACACUGGUGGCGGCAUCUACCGUGCGAGCGGUUCGUCAAACAAUGCGAUAUGUUAUAAAUAAAGAGUAGAUGAUAAUUUUUUUUUUCGCAACCGCCCGUGCGAAUAUACCGUUUUCGUUGCGUGGAUCGAAAUCAUCUAUGUAAAUUGAGUACACUAAUGAUGCACUGCUGUCCGCAACGGUAACAAGUGGUGGCUCAAUCGAGCGAGAAAGAUGCUUUGCGUAAAACACGGAAGGAGGCACGUCGUACCGUUGCUGUUCACUUUGAUCCCGCGAGCUCUUUAUUCACGUCGCAGCGACAGAAGCACGAGUUCCUACAAGAUCAUCAAGUCCAAUGGCGACUCCCUGGACGAUAUUGACAACAGCGUUUUGGGUAUCAAUUCUAACUGGGAGCUGCUAACGCCGAGAGGCUUUAGAUUUUAUCUUCCUGGAAGCGUAGGACCCGCUUGGCAAGAUGCUACAACCACUGCCCAAGUUAAAGCUCAAUUUGUCAAAGAUGUAUAUGACGAAGAAGAAUUUAUGGAAUCUUUAAACAAUGAAAGUAGAUAUAAAAAAAAUAUAGAAAAUUGGAAAGCCAUACGGCCCACAUUGGACUGUGUGGCACAAGAAUGUCCUAUUCUUCUGAGGAAGAGCAUAGAGGAAUUGUUUCCAGGAUGCUUAGACGUGACUAUGUCACAUCUCACUAUUAUAACUAUUAGUCAGAAGGCAAAUCUCAAGUCGAUGAGAUGGCAUAAGGAAGCAGAAACAGAAAAACUUGCCAAAUAUUUUGUUCUAGCAGCCUCCGACAUAUGUACAAAACUUAAAAUGAUCGGUUACUGGGCAGACUUUAUUAAUCCUUUUAGUGGACAACCCUACUUGAGUCCACUAAAGGGUGCUAAUCUAUAUGAAACUGACGAACGAUUUCGCUCCAUAGGAUUUAAAGUGCAACAGAGGAACAAUUGCAGAAUUAUUAUGUCCGAUAAUAAUCUACAAAAUUUUAUUGGAAGUCUUUAUACCACGGCGCCGGCAAGCACAGAGUUUUUAAAACAAAUAAUAACUGUUGAUAAUGAGGAUCAAUUAAAAUGUGUAUAAAUAUGUUCAAUAUUUGAAGAAUAUCAUUUCUUAAUAGUCAUAGGUAACUUGGUACCACCAGUGGAACGAGUAUUAACUCGUAUGCUUUACGGAAUCUUAACUAUUACAAAGAAAACUUAUGUACAAGAUAAUGGAUACUAUUCACGCAUAAUAUUUCGAGGUAUUAUCAUAUCAAAAUAAAUUCUCUUAUUUUGUUUAA